AUGGCUCUCGAGAGUGUGUUUUUGCAACAUGACAACAUCUAUAGCUAUAAUGGCAAAGAAGCUUACUCCAACAUUUACAUAGAAGAUGAACCACACUUCUAUGAUCUUCAAGCCUCUCUUAAUUUUUUCGAUAACCGAAUCGAAAACUAUAACUCUACUUUUCUCCAAGAAGAUCACUACUAUGAGAAUACUACUACAUUCCUUCAUCAACCUCUUCCUGAUGAAAUUGCUAUUAGUGAAGCAAAUAUUACCCCAAAGGAGAACUCUUCUGGUAGCCCGAACCGCGAGAUAAACACUUCAGGGACCAAGAAGGCAACACGCCGUAGAACGAGAGUGAAGAAAAACAAAGAAGAAAUCAAUAAUCAACGUAUGACUCACAUUGCAGUUGAGCGUAACAGAAGAAAAAUGAUGAAUGAGUACCUCUCUGUUCUCCGCUCUCUCAUGCCUGACUCAUACGUCCAAAGGUGUGACCAAGCAUCAAUAGUAGGAGGUACCAUAAACUUCAUAAAACAACUCGAACACCGUCUUCACCACAGUAACGCCAAUAGCAAACAAAACGAAAAUGGCAAUAUCUCAUCCGCCACAGCACCUUUCUCGGACGCCUUCAAGCUUCCACAGUUCACAAUGGAAACCUCUUCUUCGGUCAGCGAAAACGUAGUUCUCGAGAAUUCAUUGGCUGAUAUUGAAGUAAGCCUAGUCGAGAGCCAUGCAUGUCUCAAGAUCAGAUCAAGAAAGAGACCAAAGCUUCUUCUUAACUUGGUCUCUACCUUACAAAGCUUAGGGUUUGUCAUUCUUCACCUUAACGUCUCCACUGUUUCUGACUUUAUCCUCUACUGUUUCUCCACUAAGAUGGAAGAUUCUUGUACGCUUACCUCAGUGGCUGAGAUUGCUACCGCAGUGUAUGAAAUGCUCAGUACUCAAUACUCAUGAUGAUGACGAAGAUGCUCAACAGUAACCCUA